AUGCAUGUGUGUACAAAAAAGCAUAGCAUGGUCGGGACAGCAGGCUUCGCAGCAGGUCGCCGGCGCCAGCACGCACGGUACGACCAAGCUGACCGGACGCAGGCGCGUACCGUGGUUCGUGAGCUGUCGAAUGGGCGAGCUAUGGGCUUGGCAGAGGAAGCGACACGAGGGACGCAGAGACGGCCCGUAGACGAUUCAAGAGCCCGAGGUGGUUCCAUGAGUCGAGGCAACUGUGCCACUUGA